AUGCUGGCCAACAAUGCUAAAAAGUUGAUGAACAUUCUAUAUAAAGAAACAGCCCCAAAGCUACAAACAUCUCAAGCCAUUCCGCAAAUAUCACGACAGCUUUAUGAAUCCGAGUCGGAUCUUGAUUCCACAGACCUAUUCCAGUUUCAUUCCUCAACACGACGCAAACUUCCAGCUGCUGAUGCAUUGAGAUUGGGAAACGUAUCCAUUCCCUCAAACAUUCUUUCCUUCAAAUGUCCACUACUGUUUAUCACGAAACACGACUUCCAAAACUUGUUACCGCUGGAGCACAAGUUGACAUAUUCCCUAAACCCAAAAUACAACUUUGAAGUGGUGAAGAAACGGGUGGGCAAAUUGCUCCAAUUCCAAAAUGAGUAUUUGCUAAUUUUCAAAUCACACUUGAAUGCAAAAAUCUAUGAAUUGGAAACGGGAGGGAAAUGGAUCAAUGGGAUCCAGUAUGCAACUCAAUAUCAACACCCUAUUGACGUAAUUGACAAAUUGGUGCCUCCGAAAUUGCAACUGGCUAAUCACCAAUCACUAAUAGAUCAGAUCAAACUGAAAGCUACUGCACAAGAGGCAUUGCCGUCAUCCACGCCCGUCUCAUCUCCACUCUACGACGAAUCUUUCCCACUACUAUCCCAACUUAUCGAUGCUCCAAACAGAACAAAAUCAAUCAUAGUCCACAAUUGGCCAUUUGGGUUAAAAGAAGAUUUAGCAAUCGAAUCCCUAUGGAAUUACAACUUAUCCACUGACGAUGAUGGAGUGCCUCCGAUACAGUACAUACACUCUAAUAUCAUGCAAGGUAUAAACAUAAUCAAGAUGAAUUUCAGGACUGAACAGGAUGCGUUACGGUUUAUUCGAAACUUCCACGGUACCAAAUGGUUAAAGUUGCAAAAUUUCAGAAAAGUUGAAGAAAAAGUGUCACAUUUGCCCUUGCUAUGCGAGACAUUGUAA